AUGGCGAUGAGAGGGGUCAGCGGCGUCUGCUGCUCAGCAAACGGCGGCGCGAAGAUGGAGAAGGCCAGGGAGAGCCAGAGGAAGGCCAGGCAGAAUAAGAAAAUUGUUAGUAGAAUAAGACUCUUAAGGGGUGUUAAGAUAACACCCUUAAGACCUUAUUCUACACCCCAAAACCUUAUUCUUCUAACAUCGGACCAGACGCCCAGCCCCGAAGAAAAAAUCCAACCCCCACCUUAUCCAUUCCUAAAACCAGCCCAAUCCCCUCUCUCCCUGUGCUCCCCACCUCCCGCCCCGCCUUCCACCCCGCGCCUUCGCACCGUCGCCCCGCCUUCCGUCCUGCGCUGCCGCCUCGCCUCCCACCCCGUGCCUUCGCACCGCCGCCCCGUCUCCCGUCCCGCGCCGCCGCCCCGCCUUCCACCCCGCGCCUUCGCACCGUCGCCCCGCCUUCCGUCCUGCGCUGCCGCCUCGCCUCCCACCCCGUGCCUUCGCACCGCCGCCCCGUCUCCCGUCCCGCGCCGCCGCCCUGCCUUCCACCCCGUGCCUUCACACCGCUGCCCCGCCUCCCACCCCGCAUCGUCGCCCCGCCUCCCACCCCGCAUCGUCGCCCCGCCUCCCGCCGCGCGCCGCGUGCCGCCUCCCUUCCUCGCCGCCGCACCGCCUCCCCGCAUCGCCUACCUUCCCCGCCGCCCCACCACAUUCCACCGGCCGCCCAGAAUUGCCACGCUGCCGGCCGCCCCGCGCCGUUGCGGAUCCAACUAG